AUGAAAGAAAUUCAAGAUGAAGUCUAUAAUAAGGACAGGCACCCCCAGACAGGAGUGACUGUUCUACAGAGAAGACAGAGUUGUGAUGAAGCAGUAUUUUUAAUCUCCAAAGGAGCAAAAACCUUUGACUUCUGCAAAGAAAAGAAUGUGCUUGUUACAGGAGGAUUAGACAGAAUAAUUCGAAUGUGGAAUCCAAACUUCACAGGACGACCAAUUGGGAGGCUGACUGGCCAUAAUUCACCCAUCAUCUUCCUCAGUAUUGCUGCAGGGGACAGGAGGAUAUUUUCAAUCUCGGUAGACAAGAUAAUUAAGGUUUGGGAUAUUGAAGACCAAAUGUGCCUCAUUACUGUGAAACCUAAAGCUAGUCAGAUUAAUGGAGAUUUGGCCACUUGUUAUUAUUCUGAGGAAUCAAAGGCACUCUACAUUGCAACUGAUUCAUUGGCACAGCUACUGCUGCAGAACAGCAGAGAGGAGCUGAAUAAAGGUGUGUCUCACAAGAAACCUGUUCUGUGUUGUCAAUACAACAAGUUAAUGAGACAAGUCGUUACUUGCUGUGAAGGAUCUGAUAUUAAAGUGUGGGAUCUGGACACUGGCCACCUUGUCUUUGAAUUAACCAGAGCUCAUGGGGAUGCUGCUAUAACGUGCAUGACCUUUGACAUUGAUGAAAGAAGGCUGAUCACGGGUGGCAGAGAUGGAUGUGUGAAGAAAUGGGACUAUCAAAAUGGGCAAUGUGUACAGACCCUGAGACAAGCUGGAGAAAAAACUGAAGAAAUCAGUGACUGUAUUUAUGCUGAAAUAUACAAAAAUAGCUUUAUCAUCUCGGUUGGCUGGGACAAAAGGAUCAAUGUUUACUCGGACAUUCAGGAUGACCUAUAUGAUACUCAGUAUCCAUCACACCUUUGGGCAGAUGAUGCAAUGCAGAAAAAUGGCCACCAGGAUGAUAUUUUGUCUGUUGUCCUGUGUGCUCCAAAUUUGCUGGCUACUUCAAGUUAUGAUGGUGCAAUUAUUAUCUGGAACUUCACAUCCGGUCUCAUCUUCUGUCAUCUUCAUUCUCCAUUCAGUGCAGUGCCUCCGGAAUUGUCAGGUCACAUUCAUUUUUGGAACAUAUUUCAUGGUGGAAAACUGCUAGCUCACUUUCUUUGUUCAUCUCAUGAGGUUACCGUAACUAGCAUGUCAAUUAGCGAGGACAGUGCGAUGCUUUAUGCUGCUGAUCACUGUGGGUAUAUCUACGUCUUUCACAUUCUUCAUUAUGCACUUCAUGGACCUGAAACACACCCUCCACAAACAUUUGCCUGUUGGAGGGCUCAUGAAUGCAGUGUUACAAGUAUUGCAUUAGUGGAAGAACAUCAGUUGCUGCUUACAUCUUCUGUGGAUUGUAGUGUGAAGCUUUGGAAUGUCAGAGGAGAGUUAAUAGGUAUUUUUGGCCAAAGCAUAUCAUGGAAUAUUCACAGCUUCAAAUCAGAAGAACAUCAGAAAGUAUUAAUGGAACAGGUUCUACCAGAAUCCAGGCAGAGCCUGCAAAGUGAUACUAAGACAAAUGAAAAGGUUAAAAAUAGAGCUGAAGAUGCACUAUCCCUACUCGAACUGAAAUAUCAAGAAGUCACAAAGGAGUUAGAACAGCUAGAUUCGGUUGUGAAAAUGAGGUUACAUGAACAUAAACAGAAACACAUUGAAAAACAACAAAUUUAUGGAAAACUGACUGCUUAUCAAUCAUUGCAUUGUCAUGAGUUGGCUGAUGUUUCCUUCGACGUUCACAAGCCUGAUCCAGCAGCUGAGCUUAAUGAUCUAUUUGACAUAAUUUAG